AUGGCGACGGAAUUGACUGUUCAGUCGGAGCGUGCUUACCAGAAGCAGCCCCAUAUCUCCCAGAACUCCAAGGUCAAGUCCAAGUCCAACAAACCCGGCAAGGGUGGCCGAAGAUGGUGGAAGGAUGUCGGUCUAGGCUUCAAAACCCCCAAGACCGCGAUUGAGGGCAACUAUAUCGACCACAAGUGCCCUUUCACUGGUCUCGUCUCCAUCCGUGGCCGUAUCCUGACCGGCACCGUUGUCUCCACCAAGAUGCACCGAACCGUCAUCAUCCGACGCGAGUACCUUAAGUUCAUCCCCAAGUACGCCCGAUACGAGAAGCGACACAAGAACUUGGCCGCGCACGUUUCUCCCGCUUUCCGUGUUGAGGAGGGUGACCAAGUCACAGUCGGCCAAUGCCGACCUCUUAGCAAGACUGUCCGAUUCAACGUUCUUCGUGUGCUUCCCCGAACCGGCAAGGCGGUGAAGAAGUUCAGCAAGUUCUAG